AACUGCAGCCUUUAUAACUGCGGAUAAACCCAUGAGGAGACAAACAGACAGGACAGGAGUGUCUGGAAGCAAUUCGAUUUUUGAUAAGCAGAUUAGGCUACAGUCAGGAGUUGAGUUUUAGAUCGAGAUUGAUCCAUUCACUUGUUCGUUGUCUAAUCUUUUAAAAUCUUUUUCUCUCAAUACUUUUUUUCAAGUAGUCAGUCUUUUUUUAUGAGUCAAUUUUUCCAGCAGUUUUCAUUUCCAUCAGUGUAGCCUUCUUGUAUUAAGUCGGUUUUCAAUAUACUGUUCUCUACACAAAAAGACAAUUCUAAGUGCUUCUCUCUCCACCGCCUGUUUCUUCUGAGAUGGAUAAACUGCCAGGGGUGAACGUAUCCACUGCUAAUAGUUCGACUGUGGACCGACUUGGUCCUUCGUUCAUAGAGCGUGGUUCCUACGAGCACCUGGAUCCAGGCGAGCUGCAUGUCCUUGUGCCUGUCAUUCUGGGGGUGAUCUGUGUUCUGGGGCUGGCCGGUACUCUCACAUCUAUGGGUAUCCUGAUCUCCAACGCCCACCGUGGGAAACUCUCCCUCAUCAACGCUCUCAUCCUCAACCUGAUGUUUGCCGACGGCCUUGUCCUGGCGUUCGCCCUCCCGUUCCGUGCCGCCGCCUUCUCCAAACCCACCUGGACGCUUGGCUGGGCGGUGUGCAAGACCUGUGAUUGGUUCCUGCAGAGCUGCAUGGUUGCAAAGAGUUUUACAGUAGCGGUGAUGGCUAAGGCUUGUUACCGUUACGUCUCUAACCCGACUAAACAGGUCAGCAUCAGUCUACGCUCCAUCCUAUUGGUGAUGUGGUUCCUCUGGCUGUCUGCCUGCUCCGCUCCCAUCCCUGCAUGGCUGUUCUCCUCACUGCAGAGAGAGACCCGAGGGCUGGUGUGUGUGCAGGUGGUUCCCCCCGAGGCGCAGGACUUCAUGUCGGUCUACGUCAAGGCGUACCCCCUCGGUGUGUUCUGCGCCCCUUUGAGUUUUGCCCUGCUGUAUUUCUGGUGGGCGUAUGGGCGCUGCCAGCGGCGCUGUAGUAAGACCCAGAACCUCCGAACGCAGAUCCGAUCCAGGAAGCUCACGCUGAUGUUGUUCAGUCUGACGGUAGCCAUGGCGAUGCUGUGGCUGCCGCAGUGGGUGGUCUGGGUGUGGGAGCGGCACGCCGCAGAGCGAGAGGCACAGGGACCGAGAGAGGAAGAACCCUUUGUCGUCUUCACUCCCCCUCUCCUCUUCUCCAUCUCCGCCCUGCUCCUCACCUUCUCUCUCUCCCUGGUGAACCCCGUCAUCGUCCUCUCUCUGUCGGAGGAGUUCACAGAGGGGUACAGGGGUCUGUGGAGGCGCCUUACUCUUCGUAAACACACCCCGUCCAACCCAAACCCUAAACCCGGGCCCCACGCACCCACCGCCCCCCAGUCCCCUUGCCCACGACCGGAGACCUCAGGCCAGCUGCAGGGAGGAGACGGAAGCCUAGGCCCCAUCCCUAGCCAGGAGACUAGAGUUGAUCCCCAGCCCCAGGUGGAGCAGGGAGGGGUGGAGGAGGUGGAUGCGGAGGGAGAGAGCCCCCGGGAUGGGAUUGUGCUGCUGGAUGUGGAGCAGUUCUGGCAUGAGAGAGAGACAGGCUCGAUGACAGAGGAGAAUGAUCCCAUACCCUGGGAGCACCAGGAGGGAGCACCAGCCGAGGGGAGGAAGUGAAGAGAGGAAGUGAGGGAAGGAAGCAAGGAGAGGAUACACACACUGACAAACAGGACGGGUUCUAAAAGGCAACUCAGUAUUCAGCUACAUCUGUCCUUGUUCACCCCUGAGCUUUGUGUAUCUGUCUAUCUUGUGUGGUUUUUGUGAUCAAAUUGUGUUACCCACCACCACCAGUGAUUUUUAAGCAAAAGGUUGUUUGAGAGUUGUUGGACACUGCCUAAACGAUGCCUGAUACACUCUUUAGCAUCGAGACCAGCCAGUAAGCCUCCCCUUUCUCUUCUUCUCAGCUAGCUCCACAGCGUUCAAACAACCUUCAAACAACACACACAGUGACUAUAUCAGCAGCUGUAACGGACUGACAUUUCAUUAUACCUCACUGGACUGAAGAUCGGUCAACACAGGAGACAACCCAGGAGUCAACGCUGGAGUCAACACAGGAGACAAUGCAUUGAAGGUGUUCAGGAAAAGAUGAAUGCAGCAAAUUACAGAGAUCCUUGAUGAAGCUCAGGACCUGAGCCUGGGGCGAAGGUUCACCUUCCAACAGGACAAUGACCCUAAGCACACAGCCAAGACAAUACAGGAGUAGCUUCAGUCUCUGAAUAUCCUUGAAUGGCCCAGCCAGAGCCCGGACAUGAACCUGAUCAAACAUCUCUUGAGAGACCUGAAAAUAGCUGUGCAGUGAUGCUCCCUAUCCAACCUGACAGAGCUUGAGAGGAUCUGCAGAGAAGAAUGGGAGAAACUCCCCAAAUACAAGUGUGCCAAGCUUGUAGCGUCAUACCCAAGAAGACUCAAGGCUGUAAUCACUGCCAAAGGUGCUUCAGCAAAGUACUGAGUAAAGGGUCUUAAUACUUAUGUAAAUGUGAUGUUUCAGUUUUUUUUUAUACAUUUGCAAACAUUUCUAAAAACCUAUUUUAUUUUAAGUAUUGUGUGUAGAUUGAUGAGGGGAAAAAACUAUUUAAUCAAUUUUAGAAUAAGGCUGUAACGUAACAAAAUGUGGAAAAAGUCUAGGGGUCUGAAUACUUUCCGAAUGCACUGUAUAUAUAUAUAUAUAUAUAGGAGGUAUUCUACUUAUCCUUGAAGUAAUGACCAACAGUAAUGGCCUUUGUAAAUACCACAAAGAGUUACAAAAUAAACUCUACAUAAGCCUGAAAUGAUUUGAUGCAGCAACAACAAAGAAAAAUAAAUAGACUUUAGGAACCAGUAAGUGCAUUUACAUACGCUAUUGAACAGUAUUUGAUGUUACUGUUACAGGUAUCAGUGUUUUCCUAUUUGAAGUGGUUUUGUAAUGAUAUGUGCUUGUAAAAAAGGUUGUUUACAUUAAAGUGAUAUAUAAUAUUGA